AUGUUAUCAGCAAAAUACCACAUUCUGCUCCUAGGAGGUACCGGAAUAUGCGGCACGAUCUUCCUGCGCGCAGCUCUAGAGGCUGGCCACACAUUGACCCUCUACGUCCGGACACCAUCCAAGAUCUCCGAAGACAUAGCCUCGAAUCCGAACAUCCACAUCAUACAAGGCGAGUUUGGAGAUGAGGAGUCAUUGAAGAAGGCUGCUGCAUGCGGAGCUACAGUAUUUGUCUCGUUGGCUGGUCCAACACUUGGUGAGAAAAAGGGGAUGCCAAUAACCCACGCCCUCCAAACCCUCUACCCCCACCUCCUCGCCAACUCCUACACACGAAUCCUCACCCUCUCCACCGCCUCCUACUCCGCACCCGAAGAUACAAGAUCCGUCAAAUGGUGGGUAGCCAUCAACAUGUACGUGCGAGUAAUCGGAGGUGACGCCUACAAUGAAGUACGGGGCAUGGCACAAGCUACAGUUGAUCUGGGCGAGAAAAUAAAAUGGACAGUUUUCAGAGUGCCGUUGUUGUCGGGAAAGGCACUAGGAGACAGUGAGGGUGAGGUGGAAGCUUGUUAUGUGGGUGACAAGAAGGGAAGAGAUGGGUUGUGGUUGGAUAGGGGGAGGUUGGCGAGAUGGAUAUUGGGGGAGUUGGAUGAGGGGAAGUGGAUUGGUACGUGUCCGUUGGUGUCGAACGCUUGA